AUGGUUGCAAGUUGUAAGGAUCAACUCAAGCAAGUUGCCAUCUGCUUACAAAGAUCACCAUGUGUGAUGAUAGAAAGAAAUAAGCCCAAGGAGUGCGUGACAAAUCCGGAACUUUUAAAGGAUUUACCGGAGCUCUGUAAGGCCCAGCUAGAUACGUUUAUGAACUGUAAACGAGGCAUCGUGGAUAUGAGUAAGCGAAUGCGUGGUAACGGAACCUUGAGUACUGGUAAGUACGAUGAGCAAUAUAAGAAGUUGUGUACGGGAAAUUUUGAUCCUCGUGAAGAGAUGGACAAGUUGAAGAAAUUAGAUGCAAAUCAGACAUCUUAG